AUGUCUACAGAGGACGAUGGGUUCAACUCGAAGAACUGGGUUUGGGUUCCAGAUGAUUCUAAUUUUUUUUCUAAAGGAUAUAUAACCGACUAUUUACAAGACGGUAAUUGUAAAGUGACUGUAAUCGAUGGAAAUCAUGAAACAAACAAAAUAGUCAAAAGUGAUACGCUUGAAAACUGUAAUCCCACUAAAUUUAAUAAGUGUGAUGAUAUGGCUGAGUUGACACAUUUGAACGAGCCGUCUGUCGUUUAUAAUUUAUAUUUGAGAUACAAUGAUGAUUUGAUUUACACGUACUCCGGUUUAUUCUUAGUUGCGAUAAAUCCAUACAAAUCUUUACCUAUUUAUGAAAAGAGGGUUUUGAAAAAGUUUCAUAAUCAUGAAUAUGAAAGGCCUCCUCCUCAUAUUUUCGCUACCGCUGAAGGUACUUAUAGGAACCUUUUGAGUAAUCAUAAAGACCAGUCGAUACUAGUUACUGGAGAGAGUGGUGCAGGUAAGACCGAAAAUACCAAGAAGAUUAUUCAGUAUUUGUCAUCAAUCACAAGCAUGGACAAUACGAGGCACGAUAAUCAUACUAUUGAUACAAAGAUCCUUCAAGCUAAUCCGAUUUUAGAAAGUUUUGGUAACGCAAAGACCAUCAAAAAUAACAACUCAUCAAGAUUUGGAAAAUUUAUCAAAAUCUACUUUACUUCUGAAGGCAUAAUAAAUGGCGCAAAUAUUGAUUACUAUUUGUUAGAAAAAUCAAGAGUCGUUAGUCAGUCCGAAGAAGAAAGAAAUUACCAUAUAUUUUACCAGUUUAUCAAAGGGUUUGAGAAGUCAAAAUUGAAGAGUUUUGGAUUAGCCAAUGACGUUAAAAGCUAUAAUUAUUUAAGUGGUUCUAAAAUUGACAUUCCGAAUACAGAUGACGCCAAAGAUUUCAAUUUCUUAGUGGAUGCAUUUACUACCAUGGGGUUCACGGAAGCGGAAGUGUCAAAUAUUUUAUCUAUACUAGCCAUCAUAUUGCAUCUCGGUAACUUGGAAUUCAAUUCAUGGAAGGCAGAGCAGGCUAGCUUUAAGUCUGAUGCUCCAAUCGAUAUUAUUAUAAAUCUUUUAGGAAUAUCUAGACAAGACUUUUUGGAUAAUAUUUUAAGGCCCAAAGUUAAAGCAGGUAGAGAAUUUGUUCAAAAAUCUAAGAAAGCUCCAGAAGUUAAAUAUGCUGUUGAUGCAUUAGCCAAGCACUUAUAUGAGCGAGUUUUUCAGUAUAUUAUUGAAAGGAUUAAUGAUAAUUUGAAGAACGAAACAUAUCAAGGGGUCUUAAACUUUAUUGGGGUAUUAGACAUUGCAGGUUUUGAAAUUUUCAAACAAAAUUCAUUCGAACAAUUAUGUAUCAAUUAUACUAAUGAAAAGUUGCAGCAAUAUUUCAACCACCAUUCGUUUAUUUUAGAACAAAGUGAAUACUUAAGGGAAGAUAUACAAUGGGAAUUUAUUGAUUUUGGUCAAGAUUUACAGCCAACAAUUGACUUGAUUGAAACUAAGAAUCCUAUGGGUGUUCUUGAAAUUUUGAAUGAAGAAUGUAUGGUGCCAAAAGCAAAUGACAGAACUUUCAUUGAAAAGCUUGCCGCUAAUUGGGGAAAGGGUCAAAGCAGUAAAUUUCAACAAAACAAGCUCAAGAAUGGUUUUAUUAUUCAUCAUUAUGCUGGUAAGGUUGAAUAUAACGUUGAUAAUUGGUUGCAGAAAAAUAACGAUCCUGUCAAUGAAAACGUUCUAAAAUUAUUGCCUUUUUCAGAGAAUCAAUUCGUCAAGGAUUUGUUUAUGAAUGACGAACAUUUAAUACAAAAUAAUAAUAAGCGGAAGUUAAAGACUACGUCACAAAAGCACAAAGAACAGUUGUCAAGCUUGAUGGAUCAAUUAAGUCGUACGGAACCUCAUUUUGUAAGAUGUAUUUUGCCAAAUCUCGAAAAGAAACCGAACAAGUUAGAUAAGAAUUUGGUUUUGCAUCAAUUGCGUUGUAACGGUGUACUAGAAGGAAUUAGGAUCACUAGAGCUGGUUAUCCUAAUAGAAUGACUUUUGAUGAUUUUUGUCUGAGAUACUCGAUACUUAAUAAAAAAGAAGUAUUUACUAAAAAUACAAAAACUAACAGUGAAUUAAUCUUGAAGCACAUUCACUUAGACGUUGAUAGUUAUAAAGUAGGUAUUACAAAAAUUUUCUUCAAGAAUGGCAUUUUGGGCAAACUUGAAGAAUUGAGAGAUUUGAGUUUAAAGAGCACCUUUACAGAUUUGCAAAGCUUGAUAAGAGGUAAUUCUACAAGAACUAGUAUGAAAUCUAAAAUUUCGGAAAUACAAUCUUCUCAGCUUAUAGCCAGAACCUUCAGAACAAUGAAUGAAUCGUUAACUUCAAGUCCAUGGAUGGAUUUGUUUAUCCACAUUAAGCCUCUCUUGGAAGAUUCUGUUAAGGUACUUGACUCUAAGGAAAUGAAUGAAAAUUUGAAAAAGGCUAAUACUAAGUUGGAAGAUACCAUAAAAUCUAAAGAAAAACUUGAGAGUGAAAAUGAAAGGCUUCGUGAUCAGAUGAACAAGUUAGAAAAUGAGAUUAUUGCAACAACUAGUAUGGUUAAAGAGAGAGAUUCCUUGGUAGAGAAGCUCAAAAUUUUUGAGAAGGAGGGUUUGAAGAAUAUAUCUGAUUUGAAAGACAAAAUUGGGAAGGCCAAGCAGGAAAAUUCAAAGUUGUCUGAUGAUAAGUCAGUUUUAGAAAAGAAGCUUACAGAGUCAUUUAACAAAAUAAAACAAAAUGAAUCGCACGUUAAUGAAUUAAAUGAUAAGCAUUCGAAUAUUUCAUCCAAGGUAGCUGAAUUAGAAUCAAUAAUUACGUUACAUGAAGAGGAAAAACAGAAGCAUACAAAUCUAAUUGCCAAUCUCGAAAAGGAACACAGUUCUACUAGGGAAUUGUCUGAUUCGGAAACAAAAAAGUUACGUGAAUCAAAUCAACAAUUGAAAUCUGAGUUAGAAAGCAUGGAACUUAAACACGGCGAGCUUGUUCCAAAACAUGAAAAUCUUACUAAGGAACUCGUGUCAUUAAAGGAUUCUAUAGCUAUCGAUAAAAAUUCAGGUACAGAGAAAGAAGAAGAAAUCAAUGCAUUAAGGUAUAAUGUUGAAGCAAGUGAGAAACAAAUUAUGGAAUUAAAAAAUCUGUUAUCAGAAGAAAAAAUGUACUCGGAUAAAAUUAAAAGUGAAUUAGCGCAGGCCACUAGAGACUUGAAACUAAACGAAGAUAAGUAUAAAAAGUUAGAGAAAGAAUCCAAUCAAUUAAAGCAAGAACUAAUGAGCUCAAAUGAUACUGAAAGAAACCUCAAACAAAAGCAUGCAAAGGAACUCAUUGGCUUACAAGAUGUAGCAUUACUCAAAGAAAAGUUGGCAACAGCUUCAAAUGAAAAUGUUUCUAUCACAAAAUCUCUUGAAUCUUUGAAAACAAACUACGAGACAUCCAAAAAAGCGAAUACCGAAUAUUCUAAUCAGAUUGCAACAUUAAAACAUAAACUUACAGAGUUGGAAGACGUUACCAAGGAAAAUGAAAAAGAAAAGGAAAACUUCCCACCUGAACCAUCAUUUAAAGGCGAUUAUGCUAACAUGAAGCUUAAAUUGAAUGAACACAGUGCAAUGUUACGGAAAGAAAAAUUUGAAAAUAAAAAAUUGAGCGAAGAGUUGAAUAUUUUAAAGACCAGAAAGUCCUUUGAAGAGUCUAGAAAUGAAGCAACACUCAAUAGAAGGUCAUUGGCUAUAGGGGAAGGCAUUUCAUUGGGAUCUGGGGUGGAUAACCUAAAUGAAGAAAUUGAAGGUUUGAAAUUAAAAUUAGAACAAGAGGAAGCUAAUUCACAAAGGGCAGAAAACUAUGCAAUCGAACUUCAAAAGAAAUUGAAUAAAUUGCAAUCCACCAGAGGAAUAAAUAGCUGGACUGAUUAUGAAAAGAAAUAUAGAGAUUCUCAAGUUAGAGUUACAGAACUUGAAAAGAAAUUUCAAGAUAUUUUAACCACGGAUGAAACUGUGUCCAUUCCAUCACCACUCUCUAAAAGUGAAAAUCUCAGCAGGAGUAGCAUGACUUUAUCUAGUUCAAACCAGGACUUCGUCAAGAUAUACCAGGACAUCACCAGAACUUUAAAGUCCACCAGAGAAGAAUUAACUGUUGCUAAAAGUGAAAUUUUGAGGUUGAAAUCAUUAUUGAGAGAAUCAGAGGAUGAGUUAUAUGAUGCUAAACGUCUGUCAUUUAGAUCUUCGGUUUCAAAUUAUGAGGAAGAGCUUGCACAAUUGAAAGUCAGAAGUGAUAGUCUAUACUCUCAAAACUCUGAAAUAAAUCGGAGUCUCGAAUUAUAUAAGAAGAGGUCUGAUGAAUAUUACAGAAAACUCGAGCUUGCUGAAUCUGCAGUUCAAAUUUCGAAGAGACAUGAGCAAGCUGCAUCCCGUGAGUUGAUUGAAAUUAAAAAUCAAUUAAAGUUAACACGAGAAGAAUCCAGGGCUAGCCAAAUUAUGAUUAAGGAGAUUAGAAAUGAGAAUUCUCUGUUAGAAGAAAGAAUUAAUGAUAAGAAUUUUGAAUUGCAAAAAUUACAAAAUCGGAUGAGCGUAGUAAAUGAUAAACUAAACUAUCAUAACAAAAAUUAUGGAAAUAAGGAAUUAAAUGAGAAAUAUAAGGAGGAGAUUAGAAACCUCCACAAAGACUUAAAUUUUAAGAUGGAGACUGAAACAAAUUUAGUUAAAGAAAACAAAAAGCUUCAACUUGAUUAUGAAGACUUAAUUGCAGAAAAAGAUUCUCUUGAUAAAGAGUUAGCUAUGAAAUUGGCUAAAUUAAGUGAAUUCGAAUAUUUGUCCUCCGAUCUUUCAAAGAAAUUGAGAGUUUUAGACAAUGAAAAAGUGAUCCAUGAAAGAAAAAUCAAUAAUUUAUCCAAACAAGUCACUUCGUUAAAAGAACUUGUUACGGAAACCACGAGUCAAAGAGAUGAAUUGCUAGAAACAAAAGAAACACUCGAGGAACAAAUCAUACAGUUGAAUCAAAAAUUAGAUGAUAAUGCAGCACAAAUACAGCAAUACGAAUCCGAUAUGAAUAUUCUUCGAGACCACUUGGAGAAUCAAAGAGAAGCAUCUACCACAAUGAGGUCUGAACUAAACGAAUCUAAAAUUCUAAGUAGAGGCGAUAUUCAGGACUAUCAAAGGGUUAAAAAGGAAGUUUUGGUUACAACUGAAGAGAACGAUUCAUUGAAAAAAGUUAAUAAAGAGCUCAAUAACAAAGUACAUAUCCUCGAGGAAAAAUUGUACGGUAAUGAACAGUUGAAAUACUGGGAAGCAAAGGUAAAUGACUUGUCGAGAGACUUGGAUAUAUCCCAUAAUGACAAUUAUAAUGCCUCCAAGACUAUUAAGAGUUUGGAAAGAGAACUCAAGAAGCUUGAAAUUAGAGUUGAUAAUGAAUCUCAAUUAACCAAGAAAUAUAAUGAUGAAAACUUUGAUUACCAAAAUAAAGUUAGCCAUUAUAAAAGUACGAUUGACAUUUUACAUAAUGAAGGCAUGGAAAAAGAUUUAUUACUAAAGGCUAGCGAAAGAGAAAACUUGGAAAUGAAGGAGAACAUGUUAAUGUUAGAAAGAGAAGUUUUAAGUCUAAAGGAAAAGUUUGGAAUCAAUGUUUAA